CAAACAUCAACACUGUCCACCGCCAUGUCUUUCUCGUCUUCCUUCAUCUUUCUUCUCUUCAUCCAUCGUCAACGCGGACCCUGGGGGUUUGACUUGCAGGUAGAGGCCAUUUCGUUCACUUUUCUUCUCACCUUCGUGACUUCGUCAUCUUCCUCAGUUGAUUACUCCCGAUUCGAUUCAUAACUCCACCGCCCAUCAGGCCAUUACCACCUACAUCCCAUUUUCGAUCCAGGCACACACCAUGUCCCCUUCAUCUGCGCACCGCAGCAACACGACAAUGGGGUCGAGAGCCCACGUUUCUUUCGCGUUUCGAGCUUCGGUUCUUGCCCGCGAAGUCCUUCCUGGUCCUCUGGAUCACCCAGCGCUCGCUCUCGCGCCCGUUCAGUGAAAGUUUUCUCUUAACUGGCGAUCUCUGGUUUUAGUUCUGUCGUCCGAUUUUGGGAUUAGGAGCUGCGAUCGUGGACGCCGCGCGGAACGGGAUCGGAUCCGUGCUUUGACGGGUGGCUGAGUCGUACUCGUAGUCUGCUUCGGGGCUUUGCUCUGAUGAGCGGUGGUUUUGGCCUCCUAGAGAUUCCUAGGACAGUCUAUCUGGAGAUGUUUGCUCGAUUCCGAUAGCGGUUUUGCUAGCGAAUUUAGUUGAAUUGGGGAGGGAAGCUACUUGUGAAUUCUCUAUCGAAAGUUUCCCUCCCGCCACUUAACGUUGCCAUUCAUUGUGCAUCCUCUGACGACUUGUCUGCUGUGUACACAUUGAAUCUUGUGUGCCCUGUCAAAGUAAGCACCCUCUCGUUACCGGAAAAGCGGUCACAUAGUAAUUGAUUUGUCCCUUGGGUAAUCCAAUUCCGGUUAUUCUCGAGUCCAAGCUUCUAGAGUCCUUUAAUUCAUUUGCAGUGGAGACUUCCAUACUCGCUAUUUGUCCUGGCAUGCUUGGGUUCUAGGCAUAUUCAUCCAUGUCAUUGAUAUGCGGCCUUCCUCUCCUUGAGUGCGUCUACUGUCUGGCAUGCGCUCGUUGGGCAUGGAAGCGAUGUCUCCAUACCGCAGGUCAUGACAGUGAAACCUGGGGCCAUGCCAGUGCUGAAGAAUUUGAGCCUGUUCCUCGCCUUUGCCGCUACAUUCUAGCUGUUUAUGAAGAUGAUUUGCGGAGCCCCCUUUGGGAACCCCAAGGAGGUUAUGGAAUAAACCCGGAUUGGUUGGUUCUGCGAAAAGAUUAUGCAGACACACGAGGAUGGGCACCUCCUUAUAUACUGUAUGUUGAUCACGAUCAUGCAGACAUAGUUCUUGCCUUUAGGGGUUUAAACUUGGCAAAAGAGAGUGAUUAUGCAGUGCUCUUGGAUAAUAGAUUGGGGAAAAGGAAGUUUGAUGGUGGCUAUGUUCAUAAUGGGUUACUAAAGGCUGCUGCGUGGGUAUUGGAUGCAGAAUGUGAGGUCUUGAAGAAAUUGGUGGAGAAGCACCCUAAUUACACAUUGACUUUUGCUGGACAUUCAUUAGGUUCUGGUGUUGCAGCAUUGUUGUCAAUGGUGGUUGUGAGAAAUCUUGACAAGCUGGGUAAUAUUGAAAGGAAGCGAGUCAGAUGCUAUGCCAUUGCACCUGCCCGGUGCAUGUCCCUGAAUUUGGCUGUCAGAUAUGCGGAUGUCAUCAACUCUGUUGUGCUCCAGGAUGAUUUUUUACCUCGAACAGCUACACCCUUGGAAGACAUCUUCAAGUCACUUUUCUGUUUGCCAUGCCUCCUGUGCUUGAGGUGCAUGAGGGAUACCUGUAUUCCAGAGGAAAAGAUGCUGAAAGAUCCCAGAAGACUUUAUGCACCCGGUCGCCUCUAUCAUAUAGUUGAGAGAAAGCCUUUCAAGAUGGGACGAUUUCCCCCAGUUGUAAGGACAGCAGUGCCCGUGGAUGGGAGGUUCGAGCACAUAGUUCUAUCUUGCAAUGCGACUUCUGACCAUGCAAUCAUAUGGAUAGAGAGAGAAGCACAGAGGGCUCUCAAUCUGAUACUUGAGAAAGAUCAUCUCAUGGAAAUUCCAGUAAAUCAACGGAUGGAGCGGCAGGAAACAAUUGUCAGAGAACACAAAGAGGAGUACAAGGCUGCUUUGAAGAGGGCAGUUACUUUGGAUGUUCCACAUGCUUAUUCACCUUCUCAAUAUGGCACUUUCGAUGAGCUAGAAGAAGGGCAAGAUUCAUACAAAUCCGAUGGUGGCUCAUCUGCGAGCUCGUCCCAAAGGGAAAAAAAGAACGAAAGCUGGGAUGUACUGAUUGAGCGUCUCUUCGACAAGGAUGAAUCAGGUCACGUGAUUUUGAAGAAAUCUCAUCAUCAAGAAGAUUGAUUGUGCAAUUUGAGGGAAAACGCAACUUUUGAGUAAAUGAGUCCCGUUUGAUACUUCCAUUGAUUUAUUUGUACUUCAUAUGGAAUAAUAUUUGGGAGAAAUUGGUUUGGCUGAGUACUCAUCGAGGUGCUGAGCUUUGGUGCAUAA